CCUUACAAGCAAAAAAAGAAAAAGAGAAUCCUGCACAUACGAAGCUAAUAACAAGAACUGAGAUCACACCCUCUCUCUCUCUCUCUCUCUCUCUCUCUAUACGUAUCAUAGAGAGAGAAGAAAUAAUCAGAGCUCUGCGGAGAAGGUGUGGGAUGGUAUAUAAGCCAAUAUUUCACAUAUAAAUGCCUCCGAUCUCUCUUCUCUCCAUUAAUUGAAGAGCAACCCCAAGUUGCCUUUUAAAAUUUUUGUUUUUCCAAGUGCAAAAAGAACCUGCACAUUCAAAACCCACUUCCAUAUUUAACUCGAGAGAGAGGUUUCAAGAUUCCGGCGGUGCACGGCGGCGAUCGCAGCUAGCUCCAGCCGCCAUGACAAGUAAUGGGAUGGCCUUCUUCCCAGCAAAUUUCAUGCUACAAACUUCCCAUGAAGAUCACGAUCACCACCACUCCUCUCCUCCCUCUCUCAACCCAAUUCUUCCUUCUUGCACACCCCAAGAUUUUCAUGGAGUGGCAUCAUUUCUAGGGAAACGAUCCAUGUCAUUCUCAGGGGCGGAGAUGGUGGAAGAAGGGAAUAAUGGAGAGGAUGAGUUUUCUGAUGAUGGGUCACAGGCAGGGGAGAAGAAGAGGAGACUUAAUAUGGAGCAAGUUAAAACACUUGAGAAGAAUUUCGAAUUGGGGAAUAAGCUUGAGCCUGAGAGGAAAAUGCAGCUGGCACGAGCUCUUGGGCUACAGCCGAGGCAGAUUGCUAUUUGGUUUCAGAACAGAAGGGCUAGAUGGAAGACUAAGCAGCUCGAAAAAGACUACGACCUCCUCAAGAGACAAUUUGAAGCUAUCAAAUCAGAUAACGAAGCCCUCAAGUCCCAAAACCAAAAACUUCAAGCAGAGAUAAUGGCACUAAAAAGUAGAGAGCCAACGGAAUCAAUCAACCUGAACAAAGAAACAGAGGGGUCUUGCAGUAACAGAAGUGAGAACAGCUCUGAUAACAUAAAAUUGGACAUCUCAAGAACACCUGCCAUUGACAGCCCUCACCAGCAUCAGCAUCAGCACCACCAGCCAACAAAUAGGCCUCUUUUUCCCUCUUCUUCCCUAAGGCCUCCAGCGCUGGCUCAGCUGUUUCAGACCUCAUCCAGAUCAGACCCAACAAAGCUUGAAAACCAUCAUAAUCAUAAUCAUAAUCAGAUGCCCAAAGAAGAAAGCAGCAGCUUGUCCAAUAUGUUCUGUGGGAUGGAUGACCACUCUGGCUUCUGGCCUUGGUUGGAGCAGCAACAUUUCAACUGAGAUCACCACCACCAUCAUCUUCCUCAUCUUCCCAUUAAUAUAAAGUUAUUAAUAAUGUCAUAAUAUUAAUAUGUUUAAUUUAAUUGGAUUUUUCGGAGAAAUAUAUCAAGACUGCUCUUCCCCCAACUCCCCAUGAAUUUGCAAUGUUGUCCCCAGUUUUUCUUCCCUCCUCCUCUAUUUUUCUUCAGAUCAUCAACUUAAGAGGUUGUGUUUUUUUGGUGUUAGAUUAUUUGUCAUUGUAUAAAUUAGUGGAAUAUAUAUUUUCAGGUGGUGGUUAUUGAGAACCCCUUAUGGAGGAAUAAUGAAGUUCUCUC